CCUGAGCUGGGCGGCCUCUCGAGAGAGAAAGAGAUCACAGGCGAAAAAAGGGAAGGAAACCCUUCAAAAACCUCCGGCAAUGGCGUCUUCGAAGGUCGUCUCCAGGUUAUCCUCUCGGCUACGCCCUCUCUCCCUCAAGCUCAACCAGUCCCCGCCGUGUCCCUCGGCUCCCUUCCAAUCCUCCGCCUCCGCUUCUUCCAGGCGCUUCUCUCGCGCCUUCUCCCGGUUGCCCUUGGAGUUGAGCGGCGGCGCCGUCGAGUCCUUGUUGCCUCUCCACAGCGCUAUCGCAUCGGCGAGGCUCCAGUCGAGCUUGGCGAUGGAGUCCCAGAGCUGGGGAUUAGUGCCUCAAGGAAUUUCAAUGCCUUUAUGACAGUCUAUGGGAGGAGCUACUUUUUGAGGAAGCCAGUUUUUCUUGGUUCGGGACGCUGAUUGCAUGUUGAGAUUUUUUAUUCAGUCUAGUUUAAACAGUUCAAAUUAAUGAACCGUUCUGGUAACUUCUACAAAGAUCUUUCUCUCUUCCUCACCAUCAAGCAUCAUGCUGCUUUAAUUCCUGUGCAGAAAUGAUGCAUGAGGAUCUGGUUUGAGUUUGAUAAGGAAUGAGCAUGACUUUAUGCAAACUGCCAAAUCAGUGUUGUAGAAUUUUGCCUUUCUUUUCCUUCCACCACUACAGGAAUAACUGUCAUUUUCCGAUAGCUCAAUUUGUAUGGUCACUGGUCAUUGAACAUAUAGGCUUCAGCAGAGUUUUAGGUGACAUAUUUUAGCAGUUGAAUGUUACACAUAAUCGGAUGGUCGACAAAAUAUUUGUUAAA